AUGUACUUCGGUAUGAAGGCGGAUCUCAAGGCCAGAAAGGUGAACGAAUUCAGGAAUUGGUACCAAUGCACACGGCUGUGCGAAAGCUGCCUUGCAGAGAAGCCUGCCAAGAGAAACAACCCUGGAAUGGAUUUUCGCAACCUCCAGGCCGAGGCCCCCUACUUCUACACAAGACUGAACCACGAGCAGUUCUUGAAAUUCGACCGUGCUCCGCCAUGGUCUUGUGUGCCUGGUUUUCGCAUCGAAACAGUAUCCUUGGAUUUCAUGCACAAUGUUUAUCUGGGUCUGGGGAGAGAUGUGGUGUCGAGUUCUUUGGGAAUGCUUCUACUGGCCGGUGUGUAUGACAAGUACGGGAGGACUGCAGAAGAGAAACUCCAAGGAGUCUGGGAGCAGAUGCGGUCCGACUGUCAGCGGCAUGGGAUUCACAUCUGCAAACCCGGCUUUACGCUUGCGAACACACACCUGGAUGGUGAAGGCUACGCUGAGCUUGGAAGUCGUUUCAAAGCAGCGAACGUGAAGAACAUGUUAUGGUGGCUGUGUCGCGAGACGCGGCGAGUUGCCGAUGAACUAGCGGACCGCCCUGUGCAAGUGCUGGCUACUCUCUGUUGGGCCUUGCAGCGCUGCAUCGAGCUCAUGGAUUCGGCAGACCUUCUUUUCAACGAUGACGAUGCUUUUGAG